CCAGCUAGGUGGCAAAGCCCACUUGUUUGCCAAGUCUGGGCAGAGAGAGGCCUACCCCUCUCUUCACCUUCCUGGGGGUGCCAGGAGUCAAUUGCCCGGCUGUUGACCCCUGCCCAGGCCAUGGCCCAACGCCCCCAAGGCAUCUCCACGCACAGAACGUCUUGCUGCUGAGAAAGAUCCAGGCCCCCACCCCGACCUGCCCGCCCCCCCAUCCAGGCCCCAGAGCUGGUGUGGGGUCCCCCUGAGACCACAUCGACCUUCGUAUUGUUCACUACCCCUAAAGACUCGAGGGUGCCCAGGCCAGCUGUCUGGGCAGGACUGAUGCCUGGUCACCCACCAAUUCCAGGUACUGGUCCCCAAGAUUGUUAAACAAGGCCAAAUACUCCUGCCCCCAAGAUGAUGGGAUGGAAAAAGAAAAAGAACAUUGAUAUCUCAGAGGAGCCCCUGGACACCUCCCAGAGUGCAGAAUCUGAGAUCAGCCACCUGUCUCCCCCUAACAAGGAGACCAUCGUGCUCACUUUCCACGGGGCCACCAAUCUACCCCUCUGCAAGGACGGCUCUGAACCGUGGCCCUAUGUGGUGGCGAAAAGCACAUCGGAGGAUGAAAACUACCAGACCUCCAAGGCAGUCACAUCUGUGACCUCGAAGCCCACCAGAGACCCCAUCUGGGGGGACACUGUGAAAGUGGAGAUCCAAGCGGAGGACGCAGGGCGGGAAGAUGUGGUCAUCAAGGUGGUAGACAACAAGAAGAAAGAGGAAUUGUUGUCCUACAAAAUCCCCAUCAAGUACCUGCGUGUUUUCCACCCCUACCACUUUGAGCUGGUGACGCCUGCCCAGUCUGGGAAGGCCGAGGAAGACACUGUCAAGAGCAAACUCUACGCCACGGUGGUUCGGAAGUGUAGCUUCAUCCCCCGCUACAUCGGCUGCAGCCACACAGCUCUGGAGGUCUUUCUCCAGGGAGUCAACGAGCCCCUCGUCAACAACCCCAACCCCAUGGUGGUGAUUGCCCGGGUGGUUCCCAACUACAAGGAAUUUAAGGCCAGCCAGGUGAACAGGGACCUGGCCUCCGUGGGGCUGCCCAUCACCCCCGUCUCCUUCCCCAUCCCUUCCGUGAUGAACUUUGACGUGCCUCGGGUCAGCCAGAACGGGUGCCCUCAGCUGUCCAAGCCUGGGGGACCCCCAGAGCAGCCCCUGUGGAAUCAGUCCUUCCUCUUCCAAGGCCGAGACGGAGCCACCAGCUUCUCAGAAGACACAGCCCUGGUGCUGGAGUACUACCCCUCCACUUCCAUGAAAGGCAGCCAGCCGUGGACCCUCACCCAUCCCCUGGGCAUCUCUGUGUUGCCGCUAAAGAGUCGUUUGUACCGGAAGAUGCUGACGGGGAAAGGCUUGGACGGGCUACGUGUGUCGCAGCUCCCCAUCAUGAACACCAACCUGAAAACCAUAAACGGGGAGGCCCCCACAGUGGAUCUCUCCUUCCACCUGAUCUCCUCCGAGAGGCCAGAAAACUUCUUGACAUCAGACAACAGCAAGGCUUUGCCCACCCUGGACCCAAAAGUCCUGGACGAGAAGCUGGGAACCAUCCGCGAGUCCUGGUCGGCGGCCAUGAGCCCCGUAACGGGCUCCAGUACGCCCAGCUCUCAGGGGGCAGAGGAGGAGCCCCCCGAGCCAGAGACGAGCCGCGACGCGGAGAUGAACAACUACCGGCGGGCCAUGCAGAAGAUGGCGGAGGACAUCCUGUCUCUGCGGAAACGGGCCAGCACCUUGGAGGGGGAGAACCGCAUGCUGAGGAGCCAGCUGGCCCAGCAGGAGCUGGAAGACGGGCAGGACAAAGCCCACGAGGCCCAGAGCCUGGCAGCGUCCAUGAAGCAGAAACUGCUGCUGAGCGAGACGGACAUAAAGACACUGAAGGACAAGGUGCAGCACCUGCAGAAUGAGCUGAUCCGAAAGAAUGAUCGAGAGAAGGAGCUGCUCCUUCUGCACCAGGCCCAGCAGCCGCAGGCCGCGCUGCUAAAACGGUACCAGGACAAGCUGCUGAAGAUGAAGGCGCUGGAGGAGACUGUGCAGCACCAGGAGAAGGUGAUCGAGAAGAUGGAGCAGGUGCUGGAGGACAGGCUGCGGGAGAGGACCGGGCCGCCGCCUCCCAACAGGCGACCCUUACCCAUGCUCUCAGCCUCUGGCCUUCCCCUGGGUUCUACCAGAGAGAGCCUGCCCAGUGACCUUUACACGGUGCUGCUGGCAGAAAACUCAAGGCUGCGGACAGAGCUGGACAAGAACCGCCACCAGUCGGCCCCCAUCAUCCUGCAGCAGCAGGCCCUGCCGGUGGACCCCGGGGAGUUGGGAGCAAGAGGAGACUUGGCAGAGAGGCUGCAAGAGACGGAUGGCCCAGGCCACUCCAAGUGCACAGAGACCCUGCCCACACAGGAUCUCCUCAGCAAUUCUUCAGACAGGUUUAAUCUCCUGGCCAAGCUGGAACGAGCUCAGAGCCGGAUCCUGACCCUGGAGAACCAGUUAGAGGACUCAGCUCGACGCUGGGGCCGAGAGAAGCAGGACUUGGCCAUACGGCUGCAGGAACAAGAAAACGGUUUCCGGCACCCUUCAAACUCCAUCACCCUAGGACAGCCAAUUGCCUCCACCCAAUCCAAGGACCUCAAGCAGCCCCCAAAACUGGAGCCCGUGCUGCCCAGCUCGGACACUAAGCUCGACAAGCCCUCGAGCUCCCAGGAGAUUCCUAACUCUCAGCAGGCCUGAGCACCAAGCAGGCCUCUUUCCCUGAGUGCUGGACAGCCUCACCCCAGCCCCUAAAAAUGACUUUGUUAUAAUAAAUGCUGUAGCUCCA